AUGCCCCCCCGCCCCACCGCGCCACCCCGCCUCCGCCUGCUCGCGCGCAGCUGGCCCACCGUGCCCUGCCGCUCCACCACAGCAGGGAACAUCUGCGGUGGCUCCGGGAAGGACCGGGUGGCCGAGGAUUUCAGGUCGUCUAGCCCAGGGACAACAAUGACCUCCAAGACGAGCGGCAGCAUAACCACCAGCCUGAGCACCACGGGGAAGCUCUGCUCCGUGGGCAGUAGCUUCAUGGCAUCCGCAGAAUUGUCUCCUGUCCCCAUGCAUCAUUCUGUUUUGCUUUGCAGCCCUCGCUGGUUGCUGAAGCAAGAGGUCCCAAAAGUUGUCAACUCUAUCAACAGGCAGUUACGCGAAAAAUCAAUCAAGACAAAGGUUGGGGCAUUUUCAGUACUGAAGGAGCUUGUGGUUGUAUUACCAGACUGUCUUGCUGAUCAUUUUGGAUCACUUGUUCCUGGGAUUGAGAAGGCUUUGAAUGACAAGUCUUCUACCUCCAACCUGAAGAUUGAAGCACUUGUAUUAACAAGGCUUGUUAUGGCUUCACAUUCGCCAUCUGUGUUUCAUCCAUACAUCAAGGCACUUUCUGCACCUAUACUGUCUGCUAUCAGAGAUAGAUAUUAUAAAGUCACUACUGAGGCUUUGCGGGUGUGUGGAGAGCUAGUCCGUGUCCUUCGUCCAAAUCUCGAGAAAACUGCAGUUGAUUUUAAGCCAUACAUUGGUCCAAUCUAUAAUGUGAUACUGGGACGUUUGGCCAAUCAAGAUCAGGAUCAGAGGUAA